AUGAAAUCAUUUUUAAUUCUCCUGAUUCCCUUAGUUGCUGGCAACUAUAAUAUUCUCGAAAUUCUGGAAAGCAACAUCGAUGACAAUAUUGAUCCAUGUGACGACUUCUAUCGACAUGUUUGUGCAAAGAAUCGUAAAGAUGUUCCCACUUGGCUAGAUUAUAUGGAGGGUGAAUAUGCAAAAGAGUUAGAGAAACUUGCGAGAGAAUCUGUUUCUGGAGAAUUGAUUGAAUUGUAUAAGGCUAUAGAAAGACUUGGAUCUCAAGGGCUGUCCGACGGUUUUGAAAAGAGACUAUCAAAAUUAUAUUUCGAAAAAUGUGAAUCAAACAAAACUGAAGCCUAUGAAUUUCUUAGGACUUUGGAAAGAUUGUUUGAUAUAAAAGAAAAUGGUGAAUGUUAUGGUUUCUACUGUUUCUCAAAUUUAGCUUUGGAUUCAAAUUGUUCAAGAGCAGCUAAAACUUUAAAAAGAGGAGUUCUUCUACCCACAUAUGUUAUGUAUCUCAAGAAAAGUUAUCAUUUUGGAAAUGUCAGCAAAGUAUGGAAAAAUGGUUUGAGUAGCCUUUGGGUAGUGAAACAUAGAGAUGAAGUAAAACAAAUUGUCGAUAUGUUUCAGUUUUUCAAAAAAGAGUUAUUGAAUGAAAUUGAAAAAACUCCUUGGUUAUUAAACUCGAAUACAAUGGAAAUAUUUAAAAAUAUCACUUCUCAAAUGCGUAUCUCACUUCCGGAAGAGAAAAUUGAGAAAACGAUCGUCAAUAUUAAAAAUGCCAAAAUUAAAUAUGACGAAUGUCUCAACAAUUUCAAAAUUCUUGGUGAAGACUAUUUGUCUGAAGCAUGUAUAAUACUAGCUGUGCCAGAAAUAGAGGAUUAUAAUCUGGCGAUGGUGAAUGCACAAAAUGCUCAUCCUUAUGUCAUUAUUCAUAAUACAUUUUUGGCAUUGUUAGCUGAUAAAGGAUCAAUUGCUUUGAAAUAUGGAACUGUUGGUUCAGCUUUGGCACAUGAAAUGGGACAUUCGAUUAUUGUUAGAGAUUUGACUGAUGGGUUCUAUCCAUAUUAUUCGGAAAAAAUUAAUCCGUGUAUUCAAAAUCAGUUUAAUAAGACUUGCAGUAUUUAUAAAGAGGUUGGUUCAAAAAUGUGAAAAACUGAUAGUGAUAAAAUUGCAGGCGGAUUGCGUUGUUACUGACAAGCAACUUGAUGACAACGGAUCUGAUGUGUUCGGAUUUCCAUUUGCAUUUGAAAGAUUGAAACAAAUCAUGGGAGAUGAAGUAUACGUGAGUUUAAUGAUUUCAUUUGGAAUCAACCUGAUUCAAUAAUUCCAGCAAAAAAUCCCCGAAUCAACCCGUGACCUUACUCAUGCAAAAGCAUUUUUCCACCUCGUUUACGGAAUCGGAUGUCGAAGAAAUGAUGUUGCUCCCAUUAUCGGUGAUAUUUUUCAUGGAACUAACAAUAUUCGAAUCAAUGCUGGAGUGAUUCAAAGUCCAGAAUUUGAAAAAAGUUUUCAAUUGCUCGAAAAAUAG